ACUAGGUUAUAUAAGGCGUUCUUCCCGCGCUUGCCAUUCAUUAUUCUGAUUUCUGUUCUUUUCGCUGUCCUUUUCGCCAUGUCUGGGCGCGGUAAAGGAGGCAAAGGUUUGGGGAAAGGGGGUGCCAAGCGGCAUAGGAAGGUGCUGCGGGAUAACAUCCAAGGCAUUACCAAACCUGCCAUUCGUCGUCUUGCUCGGCGUGGCGGCGUCAAGCGGAUCUCGGGGCUCAUCUAUGAAGAAACCCGUGGGGUGCUCAAGGUAUUCUUGGAGAAUGUUAUCCGCGAUGCCGUGACUUACACUGAGCACGCCAAAAGGAAGACUGUGACUGCCAUGGACGUGGUGUAUGCACUCAAACGUCAGGGCCGCACUCUCUAUGGUUUCGGUGGUUGAGUUUUCGGCCUGUCUUCAAAAAAAGAACAACUUUGCUCUUUUCCCCUCCUUACCCCUCUCUCCUCCCC